AAUGUACCAGCUGUAAGACACUGUUUGUCAGCAAAACAAAAGCUGACUGACAACUAGAAAAACAAAAAAGCAGAACCAUUACUUCAUGGCAAGACAGAAUACCAAACUAGGACAUGUUCUGCCUGACCGAGAGGGGUAUAAAAAGAGAACGGCCCCUUGUGCAGGGUUCUUUGUUCUUCUUUUUCCUUUUCCUUUUUCUUCGGGUCGAGCCGCAGAGACUUAGACACAUUUUUCUUUCUUUGUAUUUUUUAUUUGUAUUUAAUAAAAGUCAAAAUCCUAACCUUUGAUUAGGGGUUUGUAAAAAGACCGUCUAGCGUUUUCUCGUGUUUUUUUUUGCCUCUCCUGUGUUGCUGAGAACCCCGGACGCCUUGCAACAGGGGCCACGCCCUUCGCUCCGGGUAAGUACAGGAUGAAGAAACUGACUCCGGUAAAGGCUGUGUUGGUCCUCUUCUUCUUAUAUGUCUUCUGCCUUGGUAGCCAUGCUCAAGUCAACUACACAUGCUACGAUGAGAUUCAUGUCAAGAGGAAUACUGCUUGGAGGGUCGUAGAGAUGAGCACCCUAAUAAUGAACUGCCCAAUGAAAUACUGUGAGCCACCACCCACUGUGACAUGGUGCAGAUUGGAUGCAGAUAAUACCUGCACACCACUGCCUGAGAAUCCUAAUGUUGAAAUAUGGCAGGAGUCAGUCAGCAAUGAAGACAAUCUCAUUAUAUCCUAUAUGGAAAUAAAAAAGACAACAAAGGACUACAGCGGUUUAUAUAGAUGUGGAGUUGAUGCCACCACUACUGGACAUUCAAUCAGUGUUACUGUCACUGGUGUUGACCAGUUGGAAAAUACAACACAUAACUACAACACAAUCAGUUUACCAGGUACAAAUGGUCCAGCCCUGGAAUGGCUCCCCUACGUGUUCAUCUGUGGUGGCAUAGUGACCGUUGUUAUGGUGGUGAUGCUCAUCUCCUUCCUGAGUCUUCAUGGAUGCAAACGGUCAUCCCGGUCUCACUCUAUUGAUCCCACAGGACCAUCUCACAAAACCGAACAAAUAGCAGAAGCUCAGUGUCCAACCAGGAGAUCAUCAGCCCGUGUCACCCCCAGCCCCAGCGUCCCGAGGAGGGACAGGAGUCUGCGCUGCCACCCCACACAGAGCCCUGCUCUCUCAAAAGCAACCGCUUACGACCACCACCACCUCAACGAGACGCAGUCGCUCCACGGCCUUCUCACACUCCCCAGGGCUCCGCCCACCCAGAGCUCACCAUCCAAUCACAGAUCAGCCCUGCUCACACAGAGCCAGGGCAGCCCAAGGGAUAGAAGGCCCAGCCAGGUGCUGUACGCAGCUUUGGACCACCUGGCUCCACGGGAUGCUCCGAGAACUGUCCCGAAAUUCCAGCCUGAGGAGGAAUUCUCAGAAUACGCUUCUAUUCGCCUCUCAUGAAGCACUUUUGGAUGCCACUCUGCUGGAAUGUCAAAAGACAAAUGACAAAAGUGACAUUAAAAAUGAAUGUUUCCUACUGUUUACAGUCCAUUUAAGUUGAAGACUCGUUAAAGGGAUUUCAGCUGAGAACCUUCCUGGGUCAGUCCAGAGAGACACAAUAUAGACUAUUAUGAGACUGUGGGUUGCUGUUUACUGUACUGUGGUAAUAGAACGUGAUUAAUUCAUAGGUGUGAAAUCCA